UUCCAAUAUUCUUCACAUUUCUUUUCUUUAUUUCUUCGAAAUUUCAUUGCCUCUUUCAUAUAAGAUUCUCAUCUUUUUUAUUUAUACCAAAUUUCUCACAUAUAUAUACAUAUACUAUCUUGGUAUAAUAUAUAAUUCAACCCUCAUAAUCAAAACCAUAUUAUAUAUAUACUAUAUAGUUUUUUUUCAUUAUCCAUCAUGGAAGAACAAGAACCUAUUGUGGUGAACAAAAGUGAUGAACCUCUUGAUUUACCUGCUGGUUUCAGAUUCCACCCUAAUGAUGAUGAAAUCAUUACUUUUUAUUUGCUUAAAAAGGUAUUGAAUAGUAAUUUUAGUGCAAUUGCAAUUGGUGAAGCUGAUUUGAAUAGGUGUGAGCCUUGGGAUUUACCAAAGAAAGCUAAGAUGAGAGAGAAAGAAUGGUAUUUCUUUUGUCAAAGAGAUAGGAAGUAUCCAACUGGAACAAGAACUAAUAGAGCAACUGAAUCAGGCUAUUGGAAAGCAACUGGAAAAGAUAAAGAGAUCUACAAAGGGAAAAGUAACCAACUUGUUGGUAUGAAGAAAACUCUUGUGUUCUAUAAAGGUAGAGCUCCAAGAGGAGAGAAAACCAAUUGGGUCAUGCAUGAAUUUAGAUUGGAUGGACAAUUAUCAACUUGCAACCUUCCUAGUGAUGCAAAGGAUGAUUGGGUUGUGUCAAAGAUUUUCAUCAAGAACAACAUUGAAGUUAAAAAGACUACUUCAUUUUCCAAUCUUUUAAGGAUGAACUCAAUAGGUGAUGAUUUAUUGGAUUUUUCUUCACUCCCACCUCUUGUGGAUCCUCCUUUUAGCAACAAUACCAUUGAUGAUCAUGACUUCAAAGGAAUCAAUUCAUCACCUUCAUCAUCAAAUGGUUAUUGUUUUCCAAGCUACUUAAUGAACAAUGAAAUUAAUCUCACAAAUAAUUAUCAUGCUACCAACCAAGGGAAUUUCAAUGGUCCAUUAAUGCAAAGUAGCUCAUCUUCAUCACAUCAACUUCAACCUCAAAUCCAAAUUCCAAACACACCCUUGAAUGAGAACAUGUUAUCAAAUUAUUCUUACAUGAAUCAAGGGAAUAAUAACAAUGGUUACAUUUAUGGAUUGGAAAAUAAAGAGUGCAAGAUGGAGCAAUUCUCUACCAACAAUUCUAUGGUGAGCAUUUCACAAGACACAUGUUUGAGCAAUGACAUAAACAAUGAAACAUCAUCUGUGGUCUCAAAGCAGGAAAUUGGAAGGAAUGCAACAUUGUAUGAAGAACUUGAGGGACCUUCAUCAAUUGGUCCCCUCUCAAAUCUUGAAUCAUGGGAAUGGCUAUUGAAGAGUUAAUGUUCAAGAGAAGACACAUGAUAUCAAGAGAGAAAGCAUGGUUUUUAUCAUAUCAAUUUCAUUAUUAUAUAUCCUAUAACUUCUUAGAUUUUCUCUCAAAAAAACCAAAAAAAAUCCCUUAGAUUUUAGAAUUAGUUCUUGGUUAUGCAUAUAUUGUAUAGAUUUAUGGUCAUCAAGGUAUUUUAAUAGUUACAUAGUUUUUUUUUUUUUUUUUAAUUCAUGGAUCAUAUAUAUAACAAUUAGGAGAGGGAUUGGAUUAUGCUCUUGUGCAUUUUCCUUAUGUUUAUAUUAGUUAGUUGUGGGUCUGUUUUAUUAAUUCAUUUUCUUAUAUGUAUUUUUAUUAACAUCUGCUUUUGUGUAAUUAAUUCAAGGUUUGUUUGUAAUAUAAGAAUAUAUUAGUAUAGUUUUAAGUA